UUUAUCAGUGCGGGAGUGGUGCUUCAUGCUCGUAUGAUUGCUGUGUUGUGAGAAGUGUUCAGCGAUGUUUCGGUAAAUGUAACAAAAAAAUCGUGUUUUAUCAAAAAAUGUAUAUACAUGAAAUCUAGAGUGAAUUUUUUUUGUGAGUGUUAGUUUCGAAAUAAUGUGCGUUGAGUUAUUGUAGACAUGUUUCGGUGUAUACCUAUUUUUAAAGGCUGUAAUAGGCAAGUGGAAACUGUUGAUAAAAGACAUUGUUCUUUAAUAAAUGUUCCGGAGGAAAUUUUGAGAUACUCUAGGAGUCUAGAAGAGUUACUUUUAGACGCGAAUAGAAUACAAGUUCUCCCAAAGAACUUUUUUCGACUACAGAGACUCCGUAAACUCGGUUUAAGUGAUAAUGAAAUCAACAAUUUGCCGUCAGAUAUUCAAAAUUUCGAACACCUCGUCGAAUUGGACGUUUCCAGAAAUGAUAUACCAGAUAUCCCCGAAAGCAUCGGCCAACUUCGAGCUCUUAGAGUCGCAGAUUUCAGUUCAAACCCCAUACCCCGUCUUCCGCCAGCGUUCAGUCAACUCAAGUCGCUCACCGUAUUGGGUCUUAACGACAUGUCGCUUACUUCUCUUCCGCAAGAUUUCGGUCAACUUACAUCACUUACGUCAUUGGAACUUCGGGAAAAUCUACUUAAAGAAUUACCCGCGUCGUUGUCUAAGUUGACGAAUCUGGAAAGACUCGAUUUAGGAGAUAACGAGAUAGAGGAAUUGCCAUCACAUAUAGGAAAACUUCCUGCCCUCCAAGAACUUUGGUUGGAUCACAACCAACUACAAAGUCUCCCUCCAGAAAUAGGACAACUAAGUAAUUUAACGUGUCUCGAUCUUUCGGAAAAUCGGUUAGAAUAUCUUCCCGAAGAUAUCGCAGGUUUGGAAAGCCUAACCGACUUACAUUUAUCUCAAAAUGUAUUAGAAACCCUACCCGAUGGUAUAGGAAAAUUAGAAAAACUUACCAUCCUAAAGGUAGACCAAAAUAGAUUGACUAGUCUCAAUUCUAACGUCGGUUUUUGUCACAACUUGCAAGAAUUGAUAUUGACUGAGAAUUUCUUGAGCGAAUUACCGAUCGAAGUCGGAAAAUUGAUCAAACUAACAAAUUUAAACGUAGAUAGGAAUAGCCUAACGGCAAUACCAGAAGACAUAGGCAAUCUUUGCGAAUUAGGCGUGUUAAGUUUAAGAGAUAAUAGACUUACGAUGUUGCCAGAUUCAUUAGGAAACUGUAGAAGACUUCACGUGCUAGACGUGUCGGGUAACAGGCUGCCUUAUUUACCCUAUACGCUUCUACAGUUGAGCCUUAAAGCUGUUUGGUUGAGCGAUAAUCAAGCGCAGCCUUUAUUAACCUUCCAAACCGAUACCGAUCCAGACACUGGAAAAACGGUUUUAACGUGCUUCUUGCUACCUCAACAAGAAUAUCAACCGACGAUAGCUUCUGAUGGUCGCUUUUACCACCACCAUCAUCACGAUCUAACACCAGGCCUUUCUAAUGGUAGUACAUUAUCCCGUACAGAUGGCGCUGUUACCGAAGACGAAGACGACGACGAUUGGCGGGAGCACGAAGCCAGUAGAACGCAUUCCGUUAAAUUUACCGAUCCGCAAGAAAAAGACAACAGAGAGACACCAUUCGUUCGUCACAAUACGCCACAUCCAAGAGAACUGAAAGCAAAGGCUCACAAAUUAUUUGGAAAAGGACAGAAUUCAUUGGAGGAAAGUGAUCAGCAAUCGAAUGACAACAGUACGAUUGUGUCGGAAGCUGUCAAUCCACAUGUUAGACAGUCAUCAGAAGCUUCACAGAUCAUCGAACCAGAAAUUGAUCCUACUACUGUUGGGAAUGGACAAAUUGACGAAAAUAGCGAACACAGCCAAGAAGAAGAUACAGACGAGGAUCAGGUGACUCUUCGUCGAGUCGGAUUCGUCAGCCGUGUGUCUUCUUCAUCAGAUGAGCGAGAUUCUUCAUCGAAACCGAGUCGUCUACACAGACGUGAUACUCCUCACCAUCUCAAGAAUAAAAGAAUUACGUCGGUGCCCAUAGACAAAGACAAGGUGGCCUCGAUCAUUGCACAGGCCCUUAAAAGGAAGGACGACGAAAGUGACAGAACAAGCGGCGUCUCAACUCCGCCAGGCUCGGUCUCGGGAGGUGAUCGCAGUUGCUCUUCGAGUCAAGCUGGCGAUUCAGAUGCUGCUGUAGAACUCCGAGAAGAAAAAUAUGAAAUUCACAUCGAACGAUCCCAAACAGGUUUAGGCUUAUCGAUAGCCGGGGGACGUGGUUCGACGCCGUUUAAAGGCGACGACGAGGGUAUUUUCAUUUCUAGAGUAACAGAAGGUGGUCCCGCUGAUCUAGCAGGUCUCAAAGUAGGCGAUAAAGUCUUAGUAGUCAAUGGAAUAAAUGUUGUAGACGUUAGUCAUUAUGAUGCCGUUGAAGUAUUAAAAGCAUCGGGUCCAGUAUUGAUUUUACAAGUAACUCGAGAAGUCACUAGGUUGGUGAAACCUCCUAGCACUUAUGUGACGAGUAAACCCAGCUUAACGCCAUCUUUAAUUAAUAAAAGCGAUACUGCGAAUAAAAAUAAUGUACCUCCACCUCUUCCACCGCCCUUAGACGAAGAUAUAACUUUACAAAAAAUUCUAAUCCACACUACGCUCAUCAGAGAUUCUAGAGGCUUAGGUUUUAGCAUAGCCGGAGGCAAAGGAUCUCAACCGUUCAAGGCUGACUCCGACGCUAUUUACGUAUCACGUAUUACCGACGGCGGAGUUGCCGAUAGAGACGGAAAACUUUCUGUCGGCGAUAAAGUAAUUUCUAUAAACGGUGUGGAUUUGACGGGAGCUUCGCACGAACAAGCCGUCAGUAUGCUUACGGGCGUAGAGAGAUUCGUAAGGCUCGUGGUGGAAAGGGAAGUACCUAGCGAGAAAAAUGGAGACGCUAUUAUUAGUCCGGGGCCUCAACAAAGUCCGAGAUUAUUUGGAUUACCCAAACCUUAUACGGGAUUGUACGCUGCCAAUAGUUAUAUGGCUAAUAGACCCGGAUAUAGAAGAUCUAUGGAAAUUGAAAAGAAGACUUCUGAGUCUCCUGAGCCAGUAAAGCCGCCAACUCCUAUUCAAGAACCGCCCAAGACAAACGGCAUCGACCACAAUACAGCAAAGGAAGUUCCAAAACCUGCACCGAGACGUAUAAACUCCGCUUCGAGCGAUUCAUCAACUACAACGGCUCAACCGCAAGCACCUACCGCCAAAUCGCAAACGAAUCACAAGAAGGCAUCAUCGAAUUCUUCUCUAGAGGAUGAUACCCAGGUAUUUGCCAGGCCAAUCACCAACGAAGAGUUCCAGGCUAUGAUACCACCUCAUUUCCUUAAACCUAACGCUACCCGAUCGACCACCCCUCCCUCAAAAACCUCACCUACACCGUCUGCGACUACGCCUACCGGUUACGAUAAUGUCGCGAAUUCCGUUACUACGGUGACGAUAAAACGGCCGGAGGCGCCCAUCGAAUUGCCCCCCUCACCGAAGGGGCCUGGGCGUGUUACGGAAACCAUUACCAAGAGUACAUUUACUGAAACUGUGGUCACUAGGAUAACGGACAAUAAGUUGGUAGAGCCGCUGAUCAUAGAGGAUGUUACUUUAAGCAAAUUGGGAGGAUCGUUAGGUUUCAGUAUUAUAGGAGGUACCGAUCAUUCCAGUAUUCCGUUUGGUUCCAAGGAACCCGGCAUUUUCAUCUCACACUUGGUACCUGGUGGUACUGCAGCUAAAAGUGGAAAACUCAAAGUUGGAGAUCGUAUUUUGAAAGUAAACGGAACAGAUGUAACUCAUGCAACCCAUCAAGAAGCUGUCAUGGAACUUUUGAGACCCGGGGAUUAUAUCUCGCUCACCAUAAGACACGAUCCUCUACCAGAAGGUUAUCAGCAACUCAUGGUUUCGUAUGUUGAUCCGAAGGAAUUGGUAAUUGAGAAAGCAGAUAAUGAAAAACUGGGUAUGCAUAUUAAAGGUGGUCUUCAAGGACAAAGAGGAAAUCCUUUAGAUAGAUCUGACGAAGGUAUUUUUGUAUCAAAAAUUAAUUCAGUAGGAGCGGCCAGGCGGGAUGGAAGACUUAAAGCUGGCAUGAGAUUAUUAGAAGUCAAUGGAAAAUCUCUAUUAGGUGCAACUCACCAAGAAGCUGUAAACGCCUUAAGAUCUUGUGGAAAAAUCAUACAUAUGGUAGUUUGUAAGGGUUACGAUAAAGGUGAUAUUGACAGAGCAGUUCAUGAAGGUAGAUUAACAAGAGCGGGAUCUGUGAGCAGUAGAUCGCAAAGUGUUAGCUCUUUAGACGUUCCUGACGAAGAUAAUCUACUGGAUCCGAAGGCAAAAGUGGAAUUAUCGCAGACCGAAAAAGAAGAAGUAGAAAGAAGGCUGCAGCCUAUUCACCAAGAAGACGAAGAAUUCUCUUUAGUAGAAGCAAAACCACCGUCUCCUGCAGAUAAAGUUCUAGAUGUAGUACGAGCGGUAGAAACUUUAGCUCACGGACCAAUUGAAAAUUCCAUACCUCCGAAAUCUCCUAAUUCGGAAUUAAAAACGACCACAAUAGUGAUGAGCAAACACACACUUGCGCCUCAACCAACUACGGUCGACUUAUUGCAUGACUCUACGCUACCGCAAUCAACUCAACAUAAUUUGGAAGUGGAAACAGAACCAAGAAAACAAUCAGUUGAUUAUGAACAACAUGCUUUCGUUACUAAAAAUACCAACGAUGAGCCAAUUUUCACUGACUUUCCUUUACAAAGUGUGAUACCACCACCUCCUAUAUAUUCAGAAACAGAAACUAAUAUAGAUUCUAAUGAUCGUAGGGCUUCCACCAAAUUAUUAUAUUCAGUAUCAUCUUCUAUCGUUACAACUGAUCUUCCACCUAAUACAUUUUCUAUUAACCUUCCUCCUAAAGAUCAACAAUUCCAAAUUAACGUUUACAAUAAUAUACCUCAGCCAUAUAGAUACGAGUAUUUACCUAAUUUUACCGAUUUACCUAUCGUACCCUCCCCCGGAAGUAGUUUAUCCUAUCCCAGUACGGAACUACUCGAUGAAUCGCAAAUUAUUAAAGUCCCUCCUCCACCACCACUAGAUCUUAGUGAUCUUUUAUUGGAUUUACCUCCUCCAUUGCACGAUUCAAUGGAUUUACCUCCUCCACUACCAACAACUCCUCCCCCUCCCCUACCAAAAACGGAACCACCUUUAGAUGGUGAAAUUUUAUCAAGUUCCGAAAAGAUUUUAGAAAGUUCAGUGAAAGUAUCAACUACCAGAUCAUUCGAUACAACUAACAAGACCUCUGUAACUCAGGAUGAUGAAGUAACAGAACCACCUAUAGGCGCUUUAAGAAAACUAGUCGCAAAUUUGACAGAUGAGGUAAUAGCCCAUUCCACUAGCACAGAAGAUUUAGAAGUUUCCGUUACGGCAUCAACAGAUAGAAUCCAAGAUACGGAAAUAAAAGAAACUGAUAGAUCUUCAAUGCAAUUAAAUACCAACGUAGAAGAAGCUAUUAAAGCUGCUAAUAAUAUCAAUCAGUCAAUUGAUAACGCCAAUAAAUUAUUUGUGACAUCCUUAACAAAAACCGAGAAGGUCGUUUUGCCACAUACGGGAGCAAUAAAAAAACAUGUAUCAUAUGGGUCUGAUGUUAAAAAUGAUACAACAGAUGUCGAAAAUAAAUUUUCAAAUCAUUUAUUAAAAAUGGAACAUCCAGUAUCGACUUUAAACAACAGAAAACUUGUUAGUAACUUAUGCAUUGACACGUCUGAAGGUAGUUAUCCAACAACAGUUCCAAGUUCCAAACACAUAACUAGACAAACAUCCGAACCUCGUUCUCCAACGACUCCUACUAGGCGUAUUGCUAGACCUCUAGUUCCUCCUCCCCCGGCACCGUCACAAGCUGUAAAAAAAUCUGUGACUCCUAAUAACAGUAUUACACAUAAAACUCCACCAUCGCCUGCUGUAACUAAACCCGCAUCUCCCAAAAACGGAACAAUAAAAAAAAUUCCUCCUCCCGUACCUGCUAAAACAUCAAAAUUAACUUCAGCUCGAAGCGAAGAUAAUUUGUUGGAUUCUGUUAAUAUUAACAAUCCUAUUUCUAAAGUUUUUCAACCAUCUAGACCCAUUUCUAUGAUUUUCUCUGGUAAGAAGGAUUUGGGAUUCGUUAGUGGAAGGUUGGGAAAAUAUGGUACUGUAGAAAAGCCUCCACAGUCUCCUCAGCAUAAUGCGCCUAAACAAUCUGUGAGUGAUAGGAAGAAAUUUUUCGAAACCGCAAUGGAAGAAAGUCAAAAACCAUCAAAACCAGAGAAAGUAUUCAGUUAUCUUAGUGCCGAUGAAUUAGAAAAACUAAAAGCAGAGGAAGAAAAGAAAAUCGCUACUUUAUCAUCUUCAGAUAUAAAUUCCUUACACGAAUUGGACCAUUCUGAUGGAGAUUCAAUUGAAUCACAACGUUCAAGGCCUUCGAGUACUAUUGGCAUAGUACGCACCGCUAAGGCAGAAAGACGUCUCCGUGAUCGACUUCGAGAAGAAGGUUUUCUAACAGACGAAGACGACCCGCCUCUCUCCCCAGCUGAAGAACGUGCAAUUAAGGCAGAAAAACGGGCAGCCUGGAGAGCCGCUCGACUUAAAUCCUUAGAACAGGACGCGAUACAGGCACAAAUGGUUAUCAAAAGUAUGACAGAUAUGGUGGGAGCUGGUGAAGUACCAACUACGGUUCAAUCAGAAAUAAGUAGCAGUGAUGGACUUCCACAAAAAAAUGAGUUACGUCCUUCGAGUGCCGAUUUCCCCAAACUCGCCGUAAGAACGAAACCUGGCAACACUACAGUACGAGAAAGUGAAAAAGUACUAGGAGAAACGAUAACAAGAAAAACCGAAGAAUACAUCGACGAAAACGGGGAGAAAAGAGUGAGAACAGUGGAGUAUGUAGAAAAGCUGAUUGAGAGAGAGGUGGAACAAAUUCAAGAAAAAAUCAUAUCACUAGAAUUAACAAAACCUGAAGACUUAAAACUCGAUAUACCUACAAAGUCUCCUACAACAGCCGAUCAAGGAGAAAACGAUGAAGAGGAAUCAGUCUCAGAAAUAUCAGAACCUCCAACUCCCACUACUGAUAAGGAGAAAACACUGGAUUCAACAGACGCGACUAUGAAUAAAAGAAGACGUCGAAAACGGUCAAAGAAAGGAAGACAUUAAGCAAUUUCUUUUGUAUUAAACGCAUUUUUUAUUGUUUUGUAAAAAGUAUCGGUUUUUGUAUUAAUUAGAAUUGGCAACAUUGAAACUUACAGUUAAAAAUAAAAAAAUUGCACAAAUUUACAAUUUAUAUGAAUGAAUUCAUUAUCGAUUUUAUGAGAACUUUUUGGGUAAACUAUAUAUUGGUACAUAUUUUACUUGCAUGUUGGCAAUUCUAUUUAUUUUUUCAUGAAUUGUUUCACCGAGGUGGAAGGGAUUUUUAAUAUUGUUAUAACUAUAUUUAAAAUAAGUUUCUAAAUUAUUUAAUUGUACAAAAUAUUUAUAGAUAUUAAAUAUUUUUAUUACGAUGAAUUUAUUGAUGUAUAAAACUCUUUUUCCAAGGCUUUUACAUUUUUGUGUAAACCAAAGUCUCGCGACACUAUUUCAAAUAUAAAAUGUCUUCAGUUGGUUUAAAGCGAUACGGGACAAUAUAUAAAUAUAAUUAAUAUUAUUUUUAGAAAAAUGCUUUGGAAAAAAUAUCCACAAUUUUAAUAAAUGACUAUAUUUUCCUUCUGC